AUGGCUACAAGUCAAGAUGCUGCUCUUGGAAAGAUAAUUGCGAAAUGGGCAUCGCCUACUAAUAGAUUCCCAACAGAUACAGGCAGUUUGGGCUUCAUGACUUUUGCUCCUGCAUUCACUUUCUUGGUUGCAGUCGGCGUCGCCCUCUUUUGGUCUGGAAUGUCGAGAGCCAAGAAUGCUCUAACCAUGACAUUUGCAUGUGGGGUGGCAUUCUCGAUAGUCGCAAUACAGUGGGUCUGUUUCGGCUUCAGUUUGACAUUCUCCGAAUCUGGAAACAGCUUUAUUGGUGAUUUCGCUCAUGCUGGAUUCGCAAAUCUCGGGUCAUGGGCUCUUGUAUCGACUGCUCCUGCUAUACCAUCUAUAACCUUCGCGCUCUACGAGCUUGUCUUUGCUGCAGUAGCUCCAACCUUUAUAUUUGGAGCAAUCGCUGAACGAUUUAGGUUACCACCGAUGAUGAUAUUUAUAGUCUUAUACACGACUCUGGUAUAUGAUCCACUAGCGCACUGGCUUAAUGGAUCACAGGGGUGGCUCAAGACGUUUAACGGUACUGGGGUCAUAGAUUUUGCUGGGUCAUCGACUGUGCAUAUAGCGGCUGGAAUGGCUGGUUUGGCUUAUGCACUGAUUAUUGGCAAGAGGAAACCGCAUCCUGAUCACGCUAAUGGAGACUAUCCUAUGAUGCCACAUCAUCUGGUCCAAGUCUUUCUGGGAUUUACUCUGAUCUUCUUUGGAUGGUUUGGUUUUGUUGGUGGGAGAACGCACGAUGCUUCUGCAAGGGCUGCUGAAGCUUGUGCGCUCGUAGCCAUCGCCGGAUCAGCUGGAGGUCUCUCAUGGAGUCUAUUUGAUUAUGUUUUCUCUGGACAAUUCUCGUCACUGGGAUACUGUUCUGGUUCUGUGGCAGGACUCGUAGCUAUAUCAGCUGGAGCUGGAAAUAUGUCUCCGUGGGCUGGAGCACUUACAGGCGCGCUAGCUGGAGUGCUCGUCAACAUGUCAUGCUCAGUCAAAAACUUUGGGCAUGGAUGGGUAGACGAUGCACUCGAUACAUGGUCGAUCCACUUUGUAGGAGGAGUGGUAGGAUCUCUAUGUACUGGAUUAUUUGCUGAUUCUUGGGUUGUAGCGAUGAAUACUCCAUCUGCAACAUUGGGAGGAGCGAUAUCGGGACGUGGUGCACAGUUAGGAUAUCAAAUACUGAAAAUCAUAGUUACUGGAGCAUGGUCGUUUAUUAUCUCAUACUCUAUAUUAUAUAUACUAAACAAGAUACCUGGCUGCCACCUAAGAGCCACUGACAAAGAGGAGGACGAGGGAAUGGAUGCUUCCCAAAUGGGUGAAUUGGCCUAUGAUCUGAUGCCUGCGGACCUGAAACGAUUAUAUGAACGUGAAUUGGGAGUAGAUGAAGCCACUGCAGAGUUACUACUGAGUACAGGAGGAGUAUCGAGAACUCUGACUGGUGGUGGUGACUCUAUAGUUGAUAUUGAGAUGGGGCCAUUACAGUCUAAUGGAUAUUCAUCUGUUCCCGAAUAUACCACUGGUGCUACCGAAACGGAUACACAGAAAACUGCGAUACCCAUGGGUGGUGAUGCUAUAACCGCUGCUGAGGAUGAGAAGGAUGAUAAUGUAAAUUUGAAUGGGUUGAGUCAUGGGCGUGCCGUAGUGCCGUUGGCGUCAUCGUCAGCGAUACCUCUGCUUACACAAGAGUCAGAUAUAAAUGACGAGGAAGCUUAA